AUGAAUUCGGAGAAUAUUUUCAACGGUAGGCCAGUGGCUCUUAACUUAUCGACGUAUAAGCAAUUAGGCUACUAUCAACUAUUAGACCCAAAGGGACCGUAUUUAUACGGAUGCCAUUUUUACAGAACUAUUCUGAAAAUAUUUCUCUUGGUUGUCCAAUUUAUUACGAUUUUUGGGGUGAUGGGAUUCUUUAUAGAGAUAGAAGAUAGUGAUGCUAACAAUGGUAAAUCGAAUUCCUUCGAAUUGAUUAUUAUCCUAACAAAUUGUACUCUAUCAUCGUUGAAAAUCUAUACACUCAUAUCAAAUACAAAAAUAAUUUGGGAUCUCUUCGACCUCACAUGUAUAGACUUUUUAAAAUGUUCUCGACAUAGUGAAUUGAUCACGGAAAAUUUUGUGACACGUUGUAAAAAGUCAACUGAAAUCACAAAGUGGAUAGCUCGUUCUUUUCUCAUAGGACUAAUUUUAUGGGUGAUGGGACCUUUCAUCGCUAAUGAAGAAUACACUGCGCCCAACACUAGUCACCGAUAUCAAAAUAUUAUCAACAUUAAGUUCCCGGUAACAGUGAAGACCUAUAACAAUUACUACUUUGUGUUUUAUUUGAUGGAAGUGGCUGUAGGAUUUUGUAUAGUUUAUGGUUCAAUUUUAGUAGACGCUUUUCUCAUGUCAUUUUGUUGGAUUAUUUCUGCACAAUAUCAAUCGAUCACUAAAGCAUUUGCAACAUUUGGACAUAAAAAUGAAUUAAGUUCUCCGGAAGCAAUUUAUAAAGAUUUCAAAUCAAUUAUAAUCGAUCAUCAAAAUGUUUAUUUAAAAAUGAAAUCAUUUUAUGCUGUCGUGCGACCCAUUACUCUCAUUCAUGUUUUUGCUUAUUCGUGCUCAUUAAUUAUGUAUGCAUAUAUCAUCGUAACGAUCUUUCACUCAAAAGAAUCGUUCAUUAUUGCUGAAAUAAUGAAAAUAGUUAUGACGGUAUCAAAUGUCACGAUUGAAGUGUUUAUCUUUUGUUAUUUAUUCGAACUUAUCGAUAACAAAAAAGAAGAUGUGAACUUUGGAUUAUACAGCUGUAAUUGGACUGGGAUGGACAUAAAGUUUAAACGACUAUUGUUAAUGUCAAUGAAAAUGAACAACGCUAAUCGGUUGAAGUUAAAAGCAACGCCAGAUGUAACUAUCAAUCGGCCAUUUUUUGCAAACGUAUGA